UCACACUGAUGUAUGUAUGUGUGUGAACGGAAAGGAGGGCCGGGGCUCGAAGCUGAGCCAGAGACCGGUCGUGGUGCGCCGUGUAGACAGAAAUGCCCAGCACUUGAUCCAGAACUGUUAUAGGUUAUGAUGAGAUCAUUAGGACUGGCUCCCGGCUUGGUUACAAUGGCACAGGUUUGAGAGCGCCAAGUAAACUACCAUUAGCACUUCCUGCGGGUGGAGGGACCCGGCCGUGGGGCUCAAAGAAAAGCUGCCGGACUCUGCAGCCGUUGGAGUGAGGAACAGAAACUGCUGAGUCCCGUGAAACUGACCAACUCUGAUGAAAUGACACCCACGAAGAGCAGCACCGCGGCUUUGCCUGCCUGACUGAUCCAGAGGGAAACUUUGCUCCCCAGCAGAAGAAAGUUCAAUAUCCAGGCUGAGCAGCUUUAUAGACCCUCCCUCCCCAACCUCCUCUGUUGCAGAAGGGACGUGGGAAGGAGGCUGGAUCAAAACAACAGGCAGAAGAAGUGGCUGCAUUUCAGUGCUGGGUGAAUGACUAGUCUGCAGGACGCUAUGGCCAAAGAACAGAGUAACGCGCCUAUGCUGGAAACAGAGGGACGUCCAGCACUGGGCGAAGUGGACGGGGUUCUGCUCGCCCAGGCCACCUGCAAUGAAUGGCCGCGGAUCCAGAGGUUCCAAGCCAGGCCUGACGACCUGCUCAUCUGCACCUAUCCCAAAGCAGGCACAACAUGGAUCCAGGAGAUCGUAGACAUGAUCCAACAGGAGGGGGACCUGGAGAAGUGCCAGCGGGCGCCCGUCCACCGCCGGCACCCCUUCAUCGAGUGGGCUCGCCCGCCCCAGCCCUCAGGGGUGGAGCAGGCCGAAGCCAUGCCCCCGCCACGGACCCUGAAAACCCACCUCCCCGUCCAGCUGUUGCCUCCGUCCUUCUGGGAACAGCGGUGUAAGUUCCUGUACGUGGCUCGCAAUGCCAAGGACUGCAUGGUCUCCUACUACCACUUCCAGAGGAUGAACAAGAUGGUGCCCGACCCUGGCCCCUGGCCCGAGUAUUUCGAGAAGUUCAUGGCGGGCAAAGUGGGCUGGGGCUCGUGGCACGCCCACGUGAAGGGCUGGUGGAAGGCGAAGGACACACAUCGCCUGCUCUUCCUCUUCUACGAGGACAUGAAGCAGGACCCGAAGCGUGAGAUCGAGAAUGUGGCCCGGUUCCUGGGAAAGAACCUGGACCAGGCGCUCCUGGAGAAGAUCGUCUACCACACGUCAUUCGACGUCAUGAAGGACAAUCCCAUGGCGAACCGCACUGGUGUCCCCCUGUCCGUCAUGGACCAGUCCAUCUCCCCGUUCAUGCGCAAAGGGACCGUCGGGGACUGGAAGAAUCACUUCACCGUGGCGCAGAACGAGCGCUUUGAUGAGGACUAUGAGAAGAAGAUGGCUGGGAGCAAUCUGACCUUCUGCAUGGAGCUCUGAGGAUGCCGCCUGGGAGCCUGGCUGGCAGGAUCCACUCCGGAAUCGCAACCAGUCUCUUCCAAGGUGCCAGGCCUUCUCCCAUGGAUCGGUCCCUGGCUCAGCCUUUCCCCGGGGUUUUUCUGUGGGGCAGUGGGGAGGGUUCCUCCCCUGUCUAUCCCACCCUCGCUGUCCCGUUUUCAGCUCUUCGUCUCCUCCCCUUCCCGCCGCCUGCCUCCCUUUGGCCAAUCUGCAGCUGGCUGGGAAACGGGGACUUUUUUCCUCCCAUGGAAAAUGCUUCUUGUUGGGGGCCAAAAACUUGAAUUCCACCAAAUUUCAGAAUUUUAGACUCCUUUUUUAGAACCGAAUUUUUUAUCUCCAGAAUUCUUUAUGAUGAUCAGGUGUUGAGAUUAUUUUGUUGAUUUGAUUUUGAUUUGGCAGUUAUAAUGAAUGUUAGUGUCUCUCCACCCGCCCGCCAAAAAAAAUCUCCAGGCAAGAGUUUUCCAUCUGAAAAUGGUCUCCUGAUCCAAACUGAAAGGUUAGAUUAUCAGCUAACCUUUUGGCAGAAAAAAAACUCUCCGCACAAUUCUGAAUUAAAAUGGAGCAUUUCAUUUUGAUUUGCUGCUUUUGUAUCCCCUUAUAUUGUGACUAUUUCCUGUGGUACUAUUUUGUAAUAGUUCAGACUUCUCCAAACACUCCGAGUGUACUGUUAGCGGGGUUCUAAAUCACAAAUUUUGUUUUGAAGCUUCCAUUCCAUGAAAACGGCAACGGCUUAUUUGGAUUUGCAACACAGUCCAGUGUCAAAACAUUGGGCUUUCCCAUGGGAAAUCCUCUCUUCCAGCCAGCUCCAGCUGUAUUGCUUUUCUUUGCAAUUUGAUUUUACAUUAGUACUGAUAGCUUAGCUUUGGGAGAGGGGAUUGAAGUGGCUUUAAUCACAUGUAUAAUGGGAUACCAAGUCACCUUUCCUUCAAUAAUCCGUUUGGGUCCAGCAACCUUGAAGAUCUGGGUGAAUAUCAGCUCAUCAGCCUAAAACCCUGACCCUCUCUUCCCAGUUCGCCUCUAGUCUAGCCUCGCGGUAACAAUAAGUGAUCUGAGUGUAAGUGGUUAAUUUUUUUGCUUUGAAAUGUGAAACUAAUAAAAUAUUAAGGCUCUUUGUUUAA